AUGGGCGAACUUCGUUGCGAUACUUCGGCGUCGCCUCGUUCAUCUGAAAAUGGUUGUUUCAAGAAUGGCUUGAAGGACUCAUGUAUCAGUGCCGAGGAUGUUGCUGACUAUCUUUUAAAGGAGAAGCUACAUUUGUCUGCCCUAGAGUAUUACUUUGAAUGGCUUGAUCGUGGCAGGCGUAUUCCAACCCUCCACCGUUUCUUCUCGGACGCCAGUUACUUCGAGCAAUUUACUUCCUCGUUGAAAGAUGAAGCAAUUUAUGGUAUUGCUCACUGUCAUAGCAUUUCCACCUUGGACUCUAUUGAUAUGGGUCGGAUAUCGGAUGACGGAAACAGUCUGGAGGAAAAGUUGAAAGUGUUGGAGUAUGAGCUACGCAAAAAGAACGAAGAGCUACAAAACCUACGAAACGAGCUAACCCACAUUACCAUUGGUCGUGCAGUGAGCGAAAAGUUGACGCUGAAUGACCUUGAUCCUGACAGUAACUUCCACGAGCCACCAAACACACAACCACAAGAUAUCCGUCCUUACGAAUUCCGUGCCUUAGCUGUGCUCAUCAAUGACUAUCUCUUACACAACAACUACCGCAUUACGGCGGUUCAGUUUUCCGAAGAGUCUGAAUCUGUCGGUCUGCAGGACGUUGAAUCCUGGGAACAGGUUGGAGUAAAUUUGCCUAAACCACCGAAUCUACUUUGUCUUCUCCGAUCUUAUUGGUCAACAACACCAACCGAUGAUAUCUCAUCCUCGCAUCUCGUCCUGGAUUCGGUCACGGACCUUGUUGGUAGCACGCGGAAAAACCCGUUCGAUAAUGAGACCAGUUCCGUAAUAAUGGACACAGAAGAUCCGAAACGAUUUCGGAAUCAACUGGAGGAACUGGUAUCACUGCGACAACAGGUUGUUCUCCUGGAGUCGAAAAACGCGCAGCUGGUCAUUCAGGCUCAAAAUUGGCGAAACCAGCUGAUUUGUCUCGAACGGUGCGUGUCUGUUGUCUUUCCUACUGUUCGCGGUGUAUCUGACUGGUUAUUUGCUGUAGAACAUGCUGAGGUUGUGCAGAAACGAUUGGGUUUCGUUAACCAGACCGCCACGAAUACCAAGGUGGUUGAAAGUGGAUUCAGCGAUUCGAAUAGCUCUGAUGACAAAUCUUCGAAUGUGGCCUCCCAGACUGAUUUAGCAAUGGUCCACCCUUUGUGCCCUAGAUCUACAUCAAGUGAAUUUAAGCGUCACAUGACGGAAAUCCUCCCUCGUCUUAGUGUCGUUUCGGCCGAUUCGGAUGACGUCGCCUUCAGAUUGGCCACCUCUCUGGAUGAUUUCGUUGUGCUGGUCUCGGAACGGCUCGAGUCUUCGUUUCCACUGAUGGCCGACGAUGGCAAGACUAUCUGCCUUCCGCUACUUACCCAAGCCAUCUGUCUACACCCGGAUUCGAUUGUCCGGGACCGAUUACUUCGCCUUCUGUUCAACCUCUUCUCGCCUCCAACUUCAUCGACUCUGUCUGCAGAUUCUGUACAUAUUCGCCAUUCAUUCUCCUCCGGUCCCCGUACAACAGCCACACCAAAUGAUGAUCUCCUUGUGGACAAUCAUCAACACCGGACACUCAUUCUCAAUGCAUGCCGUCGACUGGCUUUGUAUCUCGGCCCUACAAGACUGGAGAGUGAACUGUUACCUCAGUUGUGGUCCCAGUUAAACGAACGUCCUCCUCCAUCUGUCGCCCAGAGGUUGCUUAUCGUAUCGACCUGUGGUGUUAUUUGUCCCAGCAUUCCUGCGCAUCUCCAAUCCUCCUUGAUGCUAAGCAUCUUGGAAUCAAACUUGGAUGAAGAACGUAACGAACUUGUUCGAGCAGCCAAUGUUCGUUCUCUCGCUUGCCUCGUGAGCCUCAUGGCCGAUUACGACAAACUACCGCAACUGAUUCAGCGACUGACAAGACUUUUGUUUCACGACCGAUCACCGGCCGUCGGUCUCAACCGAGUUCCCGGGAAUACUUCUCAUCCGGUUGAUUCGUCGUGUGUAACAACGAACGCCGAACAACCAACCUUCGUUACAAGUGUGGAAUGGCUACUGCCGGCUGUGGCUCAGUGGUGCUUGGAACUGGAUAGCCUACAUACCACUCUGAUUGAUCCGUGGCUAGACCAGUUGGAUUCCUAUAUUUUAUCCACUCACUCUGAUCCGAGUUCCAUCAACCCGGAAACGGUCACACACACUCUGGCUAUCUUAGACUAUCUGGUUCCGUUCCUGCAUGCCUGGAUUUUGAUCACAAUUGUGGAACCAACCCGAUCCGACCAAACUUACUGGGAUGCAGCAAUAUCCUGGUCGGUUUCACACUCACUUGACGAAGCCAACUUGGACGGUAUUUCUUUGUGCAAAUUUUUGGAAGAAUCUCCACGGCCCCCAGAAUCCAUUGUGAAUGUUCAGUUAAUCUUGGGCCAGCAAGGUUAUCAGGCCUUACAACCAAAGUUCGAACAGGCACUAGCACAUCACUGCUCGGAAAAAAGUACCCACCGAACAGACUCUUCACCGACCACUCCGAAAAAGCAAUGGACGGCCAAAUCUUGGUUGUACAACAUCCUACUUCCCAAACUAAAUGACAUCCUCAGCCGAAUACCGCGGCAACCGAACAAGGUGACAGGAUCCGUGUACAAUCAUACAGAUUUGUUGGAAACGUUUGUCAGUCACCACUACGGUGAACAUUUCGCUCACCCAUGGGGUACACCUGCUCAAUCGAAUAGUGACCUCACUGUGUGCCUUGCCGUGUGCCGUUUCCUGGUCACUUUUGGCGCGGACCUGGGAAUGGAUGGUAUCCAAAAAUUGCUGGCUGUUCCCUUGCAGAAUGCACUGAUGAAUCGAUCGGAACUGGGUAAUUUUGAAUAUGACCAGCAAGCCCUUCAAACUGGACUUUUGGCCGGGUACUGCUGUCUAUUGUCUUCUGUCAAAGCGAAAACCCUGACGCACAAAGUUCGCAUGCUUAUCACGAAUGCCAUAUUUUUACACACUCGGGAAUUUUACCCACUGGAUCCCAUUCGCCUAACCAUAUGGGCUUUAUGUCUCACGGUGGAUUUGGAAUACGCCCUUACAGAGUUGAUUCUACCGGCGUUACGACCUUGUAUCGGCUGCGCGGACAGCAUGGUUCGUCGAGCGGCAGCUACUUUACUACAUUCAGUCAUCGAAGCAUUACGUUUUAUCCAGCACUCCCAAUCCGACUGUGUCUGUCUGUCCCAGACUGCUCCUCGGCAAGCACUGAUCGACCAGCUGUGUUCAAUGGUGAGCCAAUUGGCCCGCGAUGAUAUGACUGGACAACGGAAGCGGAUCAAUCCAGAUGAGGCCGACUGGAGCGUACUGGCAGUCGCUCUUGGACCCCUUCACAGUCUACUUUCCUGGUGUCUUUAUCUCAGCAAUUCUCUUCCCCGAAAAACGUUUUCAAACGGGAUCUACGUCGAUCAGACGGCGACAUCUGACAGUUCAUCUUCAAGUGGCAAGGACUUGUACGAAUCAGAAGAACAGUUGUUCGAAUUAAUCCGUAUGCAGUUCAGUCUGGUUGUUGGUCUCAUCGAUACCAGUGCCCAACAAUCAGAUCCCGCCUCAGAUACAGAAUCGGAUUACAGUUCCCAAAGGCUUCUGAUCUCCCAGCAGCGGUUCUGGCUCAUUCUUACUGGUGCUUUGUUGUCCCUGGCCGAUCGUCUACUGCCAAGUUGUCCGAAUGCUUUCCGAGACGAAGUCAUACUACCACGACUUUGUCAACUGGCCGAAAUGAGCAACUCACUCCCGAACUUGGAUCAGCGUGCUCGACUGGCAGAUCGACUUUUUGCCAAGGCGACGCGUUCAACUGUAGCACCCUUCCGGUGCCUAGCUGCCAUGCCACCCGAAGGAAGCACGGGGGCUGGGAUACUGCCAGGUUGCCCAAGCCUGGACAGGGGAAGUCGAGUGGCGGAGGUCGGAUUCGAACCACGGACCUUCCGGUCAGUAAAUUCGCGCUCUAACCACUUGGGCCAUCUCGCCCCCCAGAAGGCGACGCAUACGGACCGAAUUAUGAUCUGCCACAACAAUCACCCAAAUUGUCGCAAACAAAGUUGCAUUCGGACACUUCAAACUGUCGAUUUUCUCUUUCUCCCAUAUCCUUUCAUAAAAAUCAGGAAGGAUACGAGUCUGACUGGAGCGGCAUUCGCAUACGUGCUCAAGAAAAAACGUGAAUUAAUGAUAUCUUGGUACUCCACCCAAGACGCUGUCAACUAUCGAAAUUGA